UCCGGGUCUAGGCUUCCUGUCGCCGGCACUUCCUCCUGCUGCGCCCGUGCGCGGCGGUCUCGGCCGGCAGGAUGGCGGCGGCCCGGGGUAGCGGCCGCGCAUCUGCGUCCUGGAUGCUUCUGCUCCUGCUGGUACCGCUGCUGUGGGCCCCUGCUGGGGCGCGGGCUGCCCUCGACGAAGAUCUUAGCCACCGGAACAAGGAACCCGCGGCGCCUGCUCAGCAGCUGCAGCCACAGCCUGCGGCGGUACAGGGCCCGGAGCCGGCUCGGGCCGAGAAAGGAGUCACGCCAGCAGCUCCAGUUCAUACUAAUAAUGAAGACCCAGCCACUCAAACGAAUCUGGGGUUUGUCCAUGCAUUUGUCGCUGCUAUAUCAGUUAUCAUUGUUUCUGAACUCGGGGACAAGACAUUCUUUAUAGCCGCCAUCAUGGCAAUGCGCUAUAACCGUCUGACAGUGUUGGCUGGUGCUAUGCUUGCCUUAGGCCUAAUGACAUGCUUAUCAGUGUUAUUUGGCUAUGCCACUACAGUCAUCCCCAGAGUAUAUACGUACUAUGUCUCUACUGCAUUAUUUGCCAUUUUUGGCGUUAGAAUGCUUCGAGAAGGCUUAAAGAUGAGCCCAGAUGAGGGUCAAGAGGAACUAGAAGAAGUUCAAGCAGAAAUAAAGAAGAAAGAUGAAGAACUUCAACGAACUAAACUCUUAAAUGGACCAGGAGAUGUUGAAACGGGUCCAAGCACAACGAUACCUCAGAAGAAGUGGUUGCAUUUUAUCUCACCCAUCUUCGUUCAAGCUCUUACAUUAACGUUCUUAGCAGAAUGGGGUGAUCGCUCUCAGCUCACGACAAUCGUCUUGGCAGCUAGAGAGGAUCCCUAUGGUGUCGCAGUGGGUGGAACAGUGGGACACUGCUUAUGCACUGGACUGGCAGUCAUUGGAGGAAGAAUGAUAGCACAGAAAAUCUCUGUCAGAACUGUGACAAUCAUAGGAGGCAUCGUUUUUUUGGCGUUUGCAUUUUCUGCACUAUUUAUAAGUCCCGAUUCUGGUUUUUAACGAGCUUUUCAUUUGCAUUUAGUUGAAGAUAGAUAACUCUUGUCUUUCUGUACAUUGUGUACAUUAUAAGUGUUAGAAAAUACUGUAUUUUGUAGCAGUGAUUUGUAAGUUUGAACUAUUUAAUGAGAGUAUUAGGUCCAAAAGAGAUAAUCACUGAUGCUAUUUGCAACAUGGAUUUUUAAAAGAAACCUGAUCUCUAAGUGUGGAUUUUUCUUUUCUCCAUCAUAAUUCUGUCAAUAUGGUCUCCUUUUUCUUUUGUAUAUGCAGAACCAUUGUGUAGUGGGGUCU